UAAACGAGCGGUGCCAACAAAAGCAGGGCUGGACUAACUUCAGACCCACUCUGCUCCCAAACCCAGAGGACAGACGUCUUGGACAGGAUAUUGACCUGAUUUAAGACUGACGGACUCAGGGCCUGAGGAGCCUACUCACAGAUCAACUGCUGCCUAUCAGUUCCAUGCCUGAUUAUUUUGCCUUCUGACCGGCUGCUACUGCCACUGAUUGACUCCUUACUACCUGAUUCAACAGUCAUCAACAGCCAUCUAUCAACCACCAUGCUUGUCCACCUGCUCUUUACCACUCUAUUCUCAGGUAUUCGCUCAGGCAACAUGACGAACAGCUCAGGGAGAGAGGAGCUGAGGUUGGGAGGGUCCUUAGAGGAGAGCAACCUCACCUUGGUUACAAAGCAUAAUGGUACGGUGGAGCCGGAGCGGGCUCCGUCCUCCCGGGCCUCAGAGGAGCUGGCCCAACUGGAGGCUCCGUUCGGUCUGCCUCCUGAUGCCAAACUGAACCUGACCACAGAGGAGGACGGUAUUCGCUCAGGCAACGUGACGAACAGCUCAGGGAGAGAGGAGCUUAGGUGGGGAGGGUCCUUAGAGGAGAGCAACCUCACCUCGGUUACAAAGCAUAAUGGUACGGUGGAGCCGGGGCGGGCUCCGUUCUCCCGGGCCUCAGAGGAGCUGGCCCAACUGGAGGCUCCGUUCGGUCUGCCUCCUGACGCCAAACUGAACCUGACCACAGAGGAGGACGAAAAUUUCCAGGAUCAGGAGGAGAUGUAUCCUCACAGACAUUGCCACCAGCAGUUGCUGGAGCAGUUCAUCGACAGACAAUGUGGCUGGGAGUUUGAGGACAAAAUGGAGGCCAUCGGGGCCCAGCAAUGGUGCUCCUUCGACCAUGUCAUCAGUCCCUACAACAAGCUCUCCUCCUGCCUGGAGGAGCUGUGUGCCGCGCUGGACUGCUACUACCCCAACCCCACCGUGCAGGAAUUCUUCCUCCUCCGGCACGCCACCUACUUCCUCCACUGCCCCGAGGAGGGCGCGGCGCUUCCCGACGCCCCCCACGCCCUGGUGGUGGUUCUGACGCUGGGCCCAGUCAGCCUCAUCCCCCUCCUCGUCUACCUGGUCAUCCGGAAGAGCAACGGGCGGGACUGAGUCCCCGCCCCAGCACAAAACUAGAGGAAUAACUACAAGUAGCACUGGAGUUAACAUGCUAGAUGGAAUUAUUUUUAAAUUAGCAUUCAAGCAAUCAUAAUGCUGUAGCAAUAAGUGGCAUCAAAGCCAACACAUUAGCUUGGAGGGAAAUAACCUGAGAGCUAGAACAUAACACUGGUAACUCUAUGAAUGCAUACAUUAUGAUUCACUUGUAUAGGCAAAUGGUGCACGGGUUGAUAUCCAUUCAUGUAUUGUUUCAUCUGAUCUGAAUUAGAUGAAUUAAGGUUUAAUUCUGGCGAAAAUUUUACCCACAGCGAACGCUUCCAAAUCAGCUUUUUUUAACCACUAAUAUUGCUCAAAAUUGCACCAAACCUCUGCAGUAGCAUGAUUAGGGUCCCUACACAUCAAACAAAGCAACUUAGUUAGCAUACCGGGAGUUUAUUAAAAAAGACAGUUUUCCAAGUUUGUGCACACAAGUCCACACAAGUCGAUAACCGGCUACGGUAAAUAAUUUAAUAGAGGCGCCCACAAAUUUAACUUAACAAUCUCCCUUCCUGAUACUUAAAAGAAUUGCCGCCUCUAUUAUAUUAUUAUUUACGUUAUUAUUAUUUACGUCAAAUUCCUAUUUCCAUCCCACUGGAAAUGGGGACUUUGAAAUAUCAUCAGUUUUAUGCCUAUUUACUCUAAUGUUAUGAAUGUUUUUAUGAAAGUUGAUUGCUUCACUUCCUGUAUGUCUAUGACCCCCAUGUUGAUAUUCUUUGUAACCUUUUGAAUAUCAUUUACAUCUAUCAAUCUUAAUUGAUUGAAUUCACGCAAUUAUCUAGGAUUAUCUAAUACAAUUAAAUGAAUGUAUACAAUUAAGCACUGGAAUGGCGGAGGUAAAGUUAACAUAAACUUCCGUUGUGCCCCAUAAAAGCGUGUCGGACUAGUCUGUCCCAAAUAAGAAGAAUAAAUGUCCUCCUUUGGUCA